AUGGACAAUGAUGCUAUGCUCCAGAGCGAAGAAAUCGAUGUUUUGCAGUCAAUUUUUGAGGACGAGAUCGAGCUCAAGCGUGACUUGGAUCGACCUGGCGUGACGAGAUCGUUUACAAUCUCUGUACUUGGCCCACACUCCAUUGUCCUCUUGGUUCAUUUGCCACAAGGAUAUCCAUCUACAGACGCUCCGGUCGCUGAAGUGUACGAGUCAUUUGGACUCACGAGUGCUCAACGACAUGAGAUCUUGACAAGUCUGGCAGCUAUCUUCGAGCGAUCGAGCGGUCAAGCCUGUCUCUACGAAUGGAUCGAAGAUGUAAGGGAGAAAUAUGUCACUGCUGACCGAAUGGUCACUAAUGGCGGCAGGGAGGAGGAGGUGACAGCUCCAACCAAUUCGGAUGCUGUGAUGCAUGUUGAAGCUGACUUGCAAAAGACGUUGCGUCCUUGUGUUCGGACUGCACACUUGGUUCGAGACGUGGAGCGCGAAGCGAUGCUUGCACCCUUAAUUGUGCACGGUACACCGAUCGUUGAUCGCAAAAGUACCUUCAUCGCACACGCAUGUCCUGUCAAGUGCGUCGAAGGUGUGCGCUCGUUUGUUGCUCUGCUGCUGGACGAUCGCAAGAUUGAACGGGCGAUUCAUAACAUGCUGGCGUAUCGCAUAAUCGGUGACUUUGUAGUCAAGGAUAACGAUGAGGAUGGCGAGCAUGGGGCUGGAAACAAGCUUUCGAGCCUUCUAGAGCUGCUGAAUGCCGAGAACGUGGCUGUCGUGGUGACGCGAUGGUAUGGUGGUACCAAGCUUGGUCCUGACCGCUUCAAGCACAUUAACACUUGCGCGCGGCUGGUACUGGAAGAACACGGCUAUCUGAGCGAUCGCGGUACCAAGAAGAAAUGCAAGUAG